AUGGAAAACUACUUGAUGAGUUCACCUCGUAAUCCACAGUUCGACUACGAGUAUUCCAACUUGGAGUUGGACCCAUACGAUUUAAAAGAGCUGCUUGAUCUAAACCUUGCUGAGUUCCACAAUUACUACGACGAGUUCCACCAACAUUUUGCCAGUGCUAGCGCCAGUGGCGCCGACCCGCUGGCGCCGCCGCCGUUGCCGCCGCUGUCAUUGACCGACAACAUGUCGUUGGCCCGAGCCCACCACCACAACGUGUCGAUAUCGUCGGUGGGUGAGAUGGCCGGGCGGUUACCAACGUCCGACUCUAUGGAGUCAAUUCCGCCCUUGACCGCGUCCGGCUCCCACCACCUGUUGUCGAUGGUGGCAUCGUUCCAGCUCCACGCCAGGGCCGAGCUGGCUCACGAUUUACUGGGCCUGGCCCUGAUGGCGGCACCUGGCCCACUGUCCGCGCUAAAUCCUCCCCAUCCUCAGCUCCAUCAGGUCGCCAAUACGCCAGGAAAACUCACCCGUAACAAGUCACUUUCAGUCGGCUCCUACAACUUGUCGACGCCGUUACGCUCCAACACGUCGCCGUCUUCGGCCUCCACCUCCUCCACAAACGCAUAUAAAGUCCUGAAAACUCCCUACCGUCACUCUAGGUCGCUCUCGCGCAAUCGGGUCGACCGCACGCUGCUCACCGGACUAAACCCGUUCUACACUCCCAACUCGUUUGUGAGUCCGAAAUACACUGAUCUUUCGUUUGACAAUGAUGACCUUCAAACCCCCAUGCAAUCUGAAAAUGCUCAUCACGCUCUUAUGGCUGCUGCCAACUUACCUAACUUUAAUCUCCAGUUCACCAGCCCGCUGUUUAACCCCAAGGUGCUGCCGACUUUAAGGCGACAAAAUACUUUGGACUCCAUCAAAAUUGAGGAUCAGGAUGACGAUGCGUUUAAACAGCUCAAACGGGCUAAGUCAUCCACCAGCAUUCGUACCGUGGGACAGACGUUUUACCAGGCCCAGAGCACCAGCUUCUCCCACGACUUGAACCACCAGGCCCUACCUCCCACGUCGGCCCAGGCAGCCGCCCUGCUCGCCACCCCGUCCGAUCUGAAAAAUAUCCUGUUGCUCCAGUCGCAGUUCAAUCCGCUUAAAUCGUACCCAGCUUCUAUCAACUUGUCUUCAAUUGCUGCAGACAAUAGACCCAACCCCCCGGGCUUGCUCCCGCCGCUAACGUCGAUUGCCUCGUCGGCCCCUGCCUCCGUAUCCGGCCCAUCGGCGUCCUCACCCCAUCACUCUGCAUCGAUGUCUGCACCUGCUUCAGCUGGACUUACACCUCUCUCCUUAUCCAUGCAUCAUCCUCAUCAGCACCUGGCGUCCAUGGUCCAGCCUCCUCAUCAGUUGCUGCCUGCUAGCUUGCAGCAAGCCAAGGAGAUCAAUCCGUCGUUUGUACCCGAUUUGCCCAUCAAAAUCACCGACAAGGCCUCGAGUCUUAGUGAUCCUAAGAAGAAACACGCAUGCCCAUUGUGUUACGCCCGUUUCCAUCGUCCCGAGCAUGUCAAGAGACACAUGAAGUCACACUCGCUGGAGAAGCCAUUUGAAUGUGAUCAGCCCAAUUGUAACAAGAGGUUUAAUCGUAAAGACAAUCUAAAAGCCCAUUUGAAGAAGAUCCAUUCGAUCAUCUGA